UAGAAAUCGGAGUUGAAGAACACAAUAAUGGCGCUCAUAUUCUUUGCCGCUAUUGCCACGCUCUGCCGUAUUGCUGUGGCAGUGUCCCCGUCUCCUGUGAAAUGCGAUGCAUUGGGAUGCAGCUUAAGGAACUACUUGGGGGUAUGGCCAGACAGGAUUCCAUGUAGAGCAGCUCAAGUGUUCUAUCCAGCAACAGAGGAGGAGCUGUUAGCAGCAGUUGCAUACGCCGCGAGUAACAAUCGGAAGAUGAAAAUGGUGAGCAGAUGGUCGCAGAGUAUUCCGAAACUGGCAUGUCCAGGGGGUGAUUCCGGAGUGAUUAUAAGCACCAGGGAUCUGAAUUCAGGCAUCGUGGUAAAUUCGGAGGAAAUGACUGUUACAGUUGAUGCGGGAGUUCUCCUUCAACAGUUGGUCGAUACUAUUUCCACGCUUGGCUUUGCACUACCGGCUGCUACAUACUGGAAUGCAGUUUCUGUGGCUGGAGCAGUGAGCACUGGAGCGCAUGGAAGCAGUCUGUGGGGACGCGGAGGUGCUCUCCAUGACUACGUUGUGGGAGUAUCCUUGGUGGUUCCAGCAACUGAGGAAGAUGGAUUCGCGAAGGUAGUCAGGCUGGACGAGAAUUCUUCCAAGGACUUGCUGGAUGCAGCCAAGCUCUCGCUCGGAGUUCUUGGAGCAAUCUCAAAGAUAACUCUCAGCAUUGAGCCCAUGUUUAAGAGGUCGGUGGCUUUGGAAGUAAAAGACGAUGCUGAGAUCGAAGAACAAGUUCUGCGAUUUGGAAGUGACCACGAGUUUGGGGACAUCUGCUGGCACCCGUCCUUGAAGGCGUCCUUGUUUAAGCUGGACGAAAGAGCUCCUCUCGAGACGCCUGGAGGAGGAACGAACAUAUACAAGGGCUUUCAGCCAUUUCCAGUAGAACGAGCUGAGCAGUCCAGGCGCAGUGAGGAAAAGAUCGAACAGGACAAGGACGAGUGGACGCGUUGCAGGUUCUCUGAGAUGGUUUUAAACAGCCGGGUGCCGAGUGGUAACGGGUACUUAAACGACGGGAUCAACUUCACGGGCUUUCCCGUUGUGGGAUACAACAAUCUCAUGCAGACCGCAGGUGGUUGCCAGGACGCGCCUCCUCGUUUUGUCAUUGCCGAGAUGACUGGGAGCUUGCCUGCGAACUGCUUGCAAGAACAGGAAGAAGAGGUGGACUCGGACGUGUGUAGUUGGGAUCCGAGAGUCGCCGGUUCAUUCUACCAUCAGACGGCCUUUUCCGUGAGCCUUGACAAGGUGAAGGACCUGAUCCUAGACAUCAAGAAACUCCGUGACAUGGAUCCCAGCAGCUUGUGCGGCUUAAGCCUCUACGGUGGCAUCUACCUUCGCUACGUGAAAGCGUCCAGCGCUUACCUCGGGCAGAAGGAAGACGCGGUGGAGUUCGACAUAACUUACUACCGCUCCAGGGACGGGGGGACUCCCAGGCUCAACGAAGACGUGGUGGAAGAGAUAGAACAGAUGGCGCUCUUCAAGUAUCAAGGGAAGCCUCACUGGGGGAAGAACAGGAACAUAGCUUUCACCUCCAUCCGGGACAGAGUCAAGGAUUUGGACAGGUUUGCUUGGGCGAAGAGCAGGCUAGAUCCGGCGGGCCUCUUCUCAAGCGAGUGGUCUGACGCUAUCCUUGGCGGUGACAGAGACGGCAUUGUCAGCUUCCACGAUCACUGUGCCUUGGAAGGGAUGUGUAUUUGCAGCGAAGACCGCCACUGCGCUCCCGAGUCUGGAUUCUUUUGCAGGCCAGGCAAAGUGUUUGUGUCCGCCAGAGUUUGUCGCUACGAAGGUGAAGAAAAGGCCGGUGGUGGAGUCAAGCCUAUCUAUAGCUAAAAUUCAUCAAACUAGCGUGGAUAGUAGAACCACGAAGUGGAAAGGUGGUCACCGAUUUUAAUUAUAAUCUUAUUUAUCACGAGAGUGUAACAACUUCU